GCGGUCUUCGUUUUGAGAGUGUUGGAAAUAUGAAAUACUAGUAAAUUGAAAUGAAGCACAUUGCCCGUUAAAUUGAGAUUCCUUCGUUUUGGCUUCAAGCUUUACAUUCUCCACAAACCUUUGAAAUGGUUUGGACCAAGGACGAAGUCGAUAAGUACGUGGUUCAGGUUGAACGAAAUUGCAAAAGUGCGCACGAGGUGAGCAUAUUUCAUUCAUUGCUCAUCGGAGAAAUCUCUUUGCAUUCAUUUCUAUAUUGACGAUCACCUUUUCUGAAUUGCAGCGUAACCUGAAAGGGUUUGCCUUCGCUAGACUGUACCGAGAAGCUUCUGACAAUGAGACUGCGAAACGGUAAGUUUAUUCUUGUAAUUGUUAACGUUGCAUUUUGCGUGCCAUUUCCUGUUCGUUCGACUUCACACACUGUCCGUUGCAGUUUCUUCGUUUUUAUAAAAUAACUGAGACAGUACGCGUGAUCUGAUUGGUCAAAAACCUAUGGUUUAUUAUACCGGUAAACCCAUAGAAAAAGGCAUCCGUACCACGAGCCCUAAACAAAACCGGCUAUUGAUCUGCAAACAACGAUUUUAGAAAGGCUAAAAAACAGAACAAGUUACUUACCCAGCCCUUCUUAAUAUUAAAAGCGUUGGUUUCCACAUUUUAUUACUGAGCGUCACAAUUCGCUACUGCUAUAGCUUUGGAAGUUAUAAAGUACAAAGCUGAAAAACAGUUUACAUUUCACGACGAUACCAAAUCGCAGACAAAGACCACAACUGUGUGAAUUUCUGGUGUAGAAAGUCUCUAGGAAAACUUAACGAUGUGCCAACAAGCAACAAAACGGAUAGUUUUAGCAUUCUUGAUUUAUUUUAUCUCAAACUUAAAUUUCUUAAUGAAAGAAAUUGUUCCAAAAAGAGAUCUCUGAUCAAGAUAUGGUACAAAAUCGGCCGCUGUAAGUUGUAAACAAGCUGCCAACGAUGAUGAAAGAUGUCAGAGUUUCGGGCUGGUUUUUUCCAACAUUUGCACAAAUUAUUCGGUGAUAUCGAUGCCAUAACCUACCUCAAACCACCUCACUUCACGAAUCGACAAAUAUUAACGCCAAUAUGUGGCUACGGCAAAGAAACCUUUCUCCACCACUGACAUAUUUCCAUCGGUCGCUGUACGUGCAUAUAAAGUUACAUGCGACAACUUCGCAAAUGCAGCCACGUCGUUACCGCAGCAUUUCUUGAUCAUAAUAAAGUCCAGAAAACAGAUCUUAAACCACUGCGGCUUGUUAAAAGUGAAUGAAGUCCUCUAUUACAAUAGCUGCCAGUUCCGUCUGUAACAACGAAAUUCUUACGGAUCGACUCAACAAAAUACAGCUGCGUACAGUCUGAUGUUCAAUUAAUUCCUACUUCUGUAGUAAACAAACCAUGAACGUAUUCUUUCAUUGUACGUUCGCAUGAAUAUGUGUUGACUUUUCCUGUAAAACAGCUUUCAUAAGUUAUCAUGUAAUGAGUGCAAAAACUCGUGUUUUGAAGUGCUGCUGUUUGUUGUUUGACUGAACUGAGUUUUGAGAAAGUUCAACGCUAUUAAAUCGUGAGUCAUGAUUGGCUUAUGAUGACUUUAGAGAGAAGACGUGACUUGAUCACGGUACUAGAACCAUAUUUUUUACCUAAAAUACUCCAUUCUACUAAAAGUUAUUUUAUAAAAGCAAUAGACCACACUUUCUAUGGGUUUACCGGCGUGAUAACCCACUUGGGAUGUUGGGAGAACACUCGAAAAGCUUGUAAAUCACUCGCCUUCGGCUCGUGAUUUACAGGCUUUUCUUGUGUUCUCCCAACAUCCCGCGUGGGUUAUCACGCCGGUAAACCCAUAGAAAGUGUGGUCUAUUGCUUAAGUAAGACUUGUGUUUGAUGUAAUCGAAAUGAACGCGAGUUAAACUUUUAAAGUGCUAUUUUACCUAUUCUCACCUGUUUACCAUCAAGCCUGGCCCUCGAUGUUGGAGGAUGUUUAAACUUGUCAAAGUUCUUCUGGUCGGACUAAAGUCUAUAAUUUAACAUCGAUUCUUUUCAUGUACAUGUACAUAACGUAAGACAUUACAAAUUAAUCAAACAGUUUUUAGAGUGUUAUUUUGCCUAACUGAAAUAAAAUAUGAAAGCGAUUUCAUUCUAUUUUGCAUUGUGCCGGUAAAUAUAAUUCUAGGAUGGCCUGUUAUACAAUGUAAGCUGCUAAAAUAUUCUAAGGGCUCUCCCCCCAAAACUCAGGGCAAAGUACUGUAUUUGAAUUUUCUACAGUGAUCUGUCUUAUUGCAGAGAGGAAGCCGGGUCUAACAGUAUUCCAACCCUAGAUCUGCUCUUAUCAUUCCUAAAAGCCUGGUUUUUCAUAUGGUGGGAAAAUCCCAGGGGAAUUUUACUGUUUUCUGAUCACUCUAGAUUCUACCAAUAAUGUCAGGAAAAUUCUAGGAUCUGUCCCAGAUGCUAUUUUUAUUUAUGGAGGAAAGACUAAAGCAAAGAAACAGAGAAAAAAUGAUCCCCCAUUGAUCCCCUGCGAGACAAAAUUAAUUUGAGUCUUCAUUUGUCAGAAAUAAUCACCGCCAUCUCAUUGCAGAAAUCUGAAAGGUGUCAGAAAAAUAGAAAUGCUCCUUAGUCUCUAGAUUUGUCCCGGGCCAUCCUAGACUGCCUGGGAUAUUUACUUAGUACAGUUUUAAGUUUUAUUUAAUUAAGAAACAGUAUACUAUAAUUUAAUCCUGAUCAGCUGAGUUUUUCCCUACGUAUUAACACCAGGCUUAUUCAAGUCAUCCCUGAUCUAAGGUUAGCCCCAAAAUAUCACACUACAUCUACUACAUGUAUUUGUAGCUUUCCAUGUCCUGCUAUACAGAUUAUUGUUUACCGGUGAUAGAAAACAGCUGUUUGCUACUUAAACUACUAUAACUUUAUUGAUCCUUUGAGAGAGGCAGUGAGAAAUCUGCUCACUGUUUACGCCAUAAAACUUAACGUGCACUAGUAUAUGUAAUCAUUUUGAGAGUUUAAAUUUAUAUUAUCUGUUAUAAAAAAUUAAUAUCCCAUAGGUACCUGGAAGCUUACAUUAGCGAGAGUGAAGGAGAUUUUAGGUAAGAACUAUUUUUGUUUGUAACAUACAUUAUAUUACCUUGAUGUUGAUUGUGUUAACUGAAAAUUUGAAGAAAAAACUUAAUUUAAUUUCCAGUUACUGGGUGGUAUUCAUUAUGGUCCUCUACACAAAGACAACAGCUGCAAAUUAAACUCAUUUGUCAUAAAACAGAGAUGAGCAUGGGGGAGGAACAUGUGAGGCUGUGGAGCCCCGAACUGCUGCCGAGUGCAAUGCUUAACCUUGACAACCAUCUAGAGUGGCAUCCACUCAGGCCAUGAUUUUGUUACCUCCGCAUCCUGUAUCCCCGAUGCAUAAACAUUGCCAAAAUAAUAAAUGAAAUGCGUCCUAUAGGAUACAAAGAAUGAUAAAUUGAUUUGAAGAUUUAAUGGUACAUUUAGAAUAUCCUGUUCAUGUGUUUUUUGUGGCUGUUGUUUAAAGAUGCAUAUUAAAUUUAUUUUAGUCUUUUGUCCUUUAAAUAUAUGGUACAGAAGUUCAAUAAACUGUAUUAAAGAGUUUUGGUGACUGUCUCCAGGUUAACUGUCUGUUUACAAAAAGGCUCAAGUAUUUCCAGUUUGGGACCCCUUGUUUCUUUUUUUAAACUGAGACUUAUGGAUUAUGGACUGGGACUUCAGCACUCACCAUUACUAUUUGUAACAAAAUCACUGCCCAGGCACCAUCACACUGCAAACCAGUGAAAUCUAACAUACUUACCAUCAUACUUACUAUAGGGGGAAAGGGUAGAGAGCAGAAAAAACCACUCUGCAAGCACUAGCUGAGACAGGCAAUAACAUACACAUGUAAUGACCUGACCCCAAGAGAAUGGCUGUAAAAUCCCACAACCCGUGCAAUGCCAUUAUGGUACCCCACAUAUCCGCAACGAGAGGCAGCUGGCCAGCAAUGUCUCGAGUUUAACAUAGCCUAAAUUUUAAAGAGCCAUUGUGCAUUAGAAAAAGUGAAAAACGAAAAAAUUAUACUAUUUCUAUGAAAUAAAUUUUAAAAGUUCUUCAAAUGUUUUAACGAGGCAUUAUAUUGAAACAAGUUUCAAAACUGGGUUUGAUUGAAUGUAUGUUCUUAAUUACAGGGGUCACUGCCUAAUGGGACAGUUGUAUGAAUCAUUGGGAGAGUUGGAAAAGGCAGUUGCUUCAUACAGAAGGUAUCAGCCACUCUGCUGCUGCUCAGUUACAUUGUGUCUUCAUUGCCUCCUCGUUUUCUUGCUAUUAUUAUUAUUCUUUUAAUUAAAUGGUUAAUACGAUAAUUUUUAGGUCCUUGGAAUUGAACAACACUCAGAAGGAGUUGGUUCUAAAAGGUUUGUAUCCUAAAGGGACAUUCUUUCAGGGAUGUCAUUAAGGGCUAGCGAUUUUUUGUAGCUACCCCAUAUUACAAAAUGGAGCCCUGCACGUGGCUACUAAUGGUGGAAACAUAAUACAGUGACAUCACAGGAAAUUGUCAAGCUCCUGGUUAGCUUAUUGCUACUUUUUCAUUUCACUGCAUUUUUGAUUUUAGUCAGUUCUUUGCUCUGUUAAUACGUGUGGAAAUGGUAAAAAAAAUGGAUUAAACAUCCUUGACAAUAUACUGUACUAAAAGUGAAGCCAAGAAGUAGAUCUGAUAAGCUGACCAGAUCGGCAAAAGUAUGUAUUUUUACCUGAAAAGCAAAUAUUUUCUGAAAACUUGCAUCACAUGGUCAAGAUUCAAGCACUUUGCGAUUUGAGUGAGUCAAGAAUACUAGCUCUCAAUAAUAAAUAUUGUGUCAUUAAGUAUUAUGCCCAGAAGGUAGACCCUUUGUUCUGUUUCUGGGACAACAUAAUAGAGACAUUAUUUUAAUUUAUUUAUAAUCAGCUUCUAGCAUUGACGUCCAUGUUAUAUUUCUUCUUAGUCGUCAGAUUGUACUGCAGUGUUCCUGUCCAUCCUGAUCGUGCUAGGGUGAGUAAAGCUGUAUGUCUCUAUGUUUUAAUCUGUUACUGUAGUGUAUGUUUACAUUGUAUAUCUCAUUCCUGUUAUAAUUAUGUCAUCACCCAUUGCACUGCAAUCCUGGACCCUCUCAUUAGAAAAGUUCAAACUUCUCCCCUCUCCACCCGAUUUUUAAAAUUGGGUUCUGGUGAUGUGAAUUUGUGAUUACCAGUACAUGAACAAAGCACUCUAAAUUGCAGAUUAGAUUACAGGUACUGUCUUAUUCAGAAGCCAAGGAAGUCCUUAAUUUAAUAUAAUAAUAAUAAUAAUAAUAAUAAUAAUAAUAAUAAUAGCUAUUUAUUCCUUAUAUAACGUGUGUUGCACAUAAAUUUUGUAGGCUUGGGCAGACAGAGGAGCUCGUCUAUUCCCUGGCCAUCCAGAUGUGUUUCAACUCAGGGUAGGCGUAACUUAUAACUCUUGGCUUUUCACAUUGUCAUCAUUUGAUUGUGACAGCUGAUUUAGUCCCUGGCUGCCCAAAAUAUGUCAAGAAAUAAGUUGAAAGAGUUAUUUCUUAAGCCUGAGACUUUUUUGUACAGCUAAAGUGUUUGUGUUUAAUUGGGUACUUAAAUUUAGACCUCAUAAAGAGGGACAGCAUUUUGUCAUUAUUUUUUGUAGUGCUACAAACCAUUGUAAUUCCCUCUCCUCAUCAAAAAGAGGCUGCGAAUAACAGCAAACGUCUUUAAUAAAAGGAUCUAGAUGGGUUCCAAAAGCUUAGUAUAACCAAGGAACUGUUGGUGUUGAAGAACAUUUCUCUGUAGUAAUUCUCUCUUGUUUUUUUCUUUUUUUUUUGUAAUUGAAUGCCCUUUUGUUUGUACAUGUAGAUUCACCUUUUAGAGUCAGCUGAGGUGGUGGACUAUGAAGCCCUAGAAGACCUGAUAUCUGAAGAACUUGUGAGU